AUGGGUAAUAAAAAAUUUAGUUUUGCCAUUGAUCGAGGAGGAACAUUCACAGACGUAUACAGUGAUACUCCCUCUGGUCCUAAAGUAAUAAAGUUGUUAUCUGAGGACCCAUCUAAUUAUUCUGACCCUGCAAGGGAAGGUAUACGCCGUAUUUUAGAAGAAGUUACUGGCAAGAGCUUCCCUAAAGCCAAACCAGUUGAGACCCAACUUAUUGAAAGCAUUCGGUUGGGGACUACAGUCGCUACUAAUGCUCUUCUAGAGAGGAAGGGUUCUGAUGUUGCUUUGUUAACUACAAAGGGUUUUGCUGACCUUCUCGUCAUUGGGACUCAGGCGAGGCCCAAAAUAUUUGAUUUAAAAAUUGAAAAAUUGGAGGUGCUCUAUAAACGCGUUGUGGAGAUUGACGAAAGUUGCUUAGCGGUUGUGUUUAUGCACUCAUAUUUAAAUGAUAAGCACGAAAAAAAAGUGGCUCGUUUAGCAGAAGAAGUCGGCUUCCGCCACAUUUCUCUUUCUUCACAAGUCAUGCCCAUGAUUAAAAUUGUGUCUCGGGGUUAUACUACGUGCGCGGACGCCUACCUGACUCCAGUCAUCACCGAGUAUGUUCACAGCUUUCAGCAAGGGUUUGAUAAUGGCAUCACCAAAGUGAGCAUAAGCUUUAUGCAGUCUGAUGGCGGACUUGCUUCCGUGCAGGAUUUCAAUGGCUUUCGAGCAAUCCUCUCCGGCCCUGCAGGGGGUGUGGUUGGUUACAGUAAAACGACUUAUCGACGUCUAACAAAUUCACCUCUGAUUGGCUUUGACAUGGGCGGCACUUCCACGGAUGUUUCGCGCUUUUCUGGGAAGUUGGAACACGUUUUUGAAACAGAAACCGCCGGCAUCACUAUUCAAGCACCUCAGCUGGACGUUCAUACUAUUGCGGCUGGAGGCGGAAGUAGACUAUAUUUUCAAGAAGGCAUUUUUAUUGUGGGGCCAGAGAGCGUUGGCGCUAAUCCUGGCCCUGUUUGCUACAGGAAAGGCGGCCACUUGGCCAUCACAGACGCAAAUCUACUACUAGGAAGAAUCUACCCUGACAACUUUCCUAAAAUUUUCGGGCCUGAUGAGAACGAGGGCUUGGACCUUGAAGCGACCAGAAGGGCUUUUAAAGAGCUGACGAAGGAAAUAAACGCCUACAAAAAAAAACACUCUCCCAACUACGUGGACAUGACCUGUGAAGAAGUGGCCUAUGGUUUUCUCGAGGUGGCCAAUGAGGCCAUGUGCCGGUCUAUCCGCUCUUUGACCCAGUCGAAAGGCUUCGACACUUCCUCCCAUGCUUUAUGUAGUUUUGGCGGCGCAGGAGGGCAACAUGCCGUUGCCAUCGCUAAGUCGUUGGGGAUGAAAGAAAUUUAUAUUAAUAAAUAUUCUGGUAUUCUAUCUGCUUAUGGCAUAGCGCUCGCUGAUGUCAUUGUGGAAAACCAGCGCCCCUGCUCGAAAAUCUACGAUCCCGAGGAUGAAGAAGUUGUGAAGAACAUUAAAUACAACUUCUUUGAGCUCUCAGAAAAAACCACGAAGGCCUUGGAGGAGCAAGGAUUUGCUAAAAGUUAUAUAAAAAUCCGAAAACUGCUGAACAUGCGGUACGACAAAACCGACUGUUCCUUAAUGAUCGAAGGCGAUGAGUUUAACGACUUUGGCUAUUACUUUCUUCAAAAUUAUGAACGGGAGUUUGGCUUUACCAUUCCUGCAAGAGAUAUUAUCAUUGAUGACAUCCAUGUUAGAGGCAUUGGCACGGGAAGUACACUAGAAGAAGUGUGCGAACCCGGAGACCAGACAACGGAAAAAGAUUUAAGGCCAGUAGUCGAGCCAAUAGCAACCACCCGGUGUUACUUUAAAGGCGGAUUUAAAGAAACGCCGGUGUAUGCUACCAAAUUUGAUCUUUUUCCUAGCGAGGCUGUUGUCUACUCUGGUCCUUGCAUCAUUAUGGACUCCACUAGUACCGUUUUGGUCGAACCUGGUUGUUCAGCCACCUACAAACAAAAGUCCUUAUUCAUUCGAGUAGGGGGGAAGGAGGACAAAAAAGUUAACAACAUUGAUCCUGUACUAUUGGCCAUCUUGUCCCACCGUUUUAUGAGCGUUGCAGAGCAAAUGGGUUGCACUUUACAGAGAACUUCUAUAUCUACUAAUAUUAAAGAAAGGCUUGAUUUUUCGUGCGCCUUAUUUGGCCCGGACGGCGGAUUGGUUGCUAAUGCACCGCACAUUCCUGUCCACCUCGGCGCAAUGCAGGAAGCUGUUAAGUACCAGAUAACUUUGUUAAAAGGUUUCUUGCAACCCGGCGACGUGAUAAUUUCCAACCACCCUGAAGCCGGAGGGUCACACCUUCCGGAUAUUACGUGCAUAACACCCGUUUUCUAUGAAGAGAGCAGUGCGCCCGUUUUCUUUGUGGCUGCGCGGGGACACCACGCGGAUGUAGGCGGCAUUACACCUGGUUCCAUGCCACCAACAUCACGCUUUCUGGAACAAGUGAACAACCUUUGCUAUUUGCUUUCUUUGGUUUCCUUCUUAUUCCGUUUAUUAGGAGGGACUAGCUUGUUGCUGCUAUUUAUGCCUCCAGGUGACAAUAUAUCGGAUUUGAAGGCACAGAUUGCUGCCAACCACCAUGGUAUACGAUUAGUUAAUGAACUAAUUGAGCAAUACGGCAUAAAAGUGGUGCAGGCGUAUAUGCAUCAUAUUCAGGAAAAUGCAUCAGACCGCGUUAGAAAAAGCCUUCAAGAAAUUUUUGAAAGGUCUAUUUUUCGUGGAAAAGAAAAGGUCGUGCUUUAUGCCGAGGAUCGCAUGGAUGACGGUAGCCCCAUCUGCGUCCACUUGACGAUUUUCAAGGAUGGGAGCGCUAGUUUUGACUUCACCAACACUGGUCACCAGGUACUUGGCAACUGGAACAUGCCGAAGGCUGUGACUUUGUCUGCAGUUAUAUAUUGCUUGCGGUGUUUGAUCCCUUAUGAAAUUCCAUUAAACCAGGGCUGCCUGACUCCUGUAAGGUUUGUGAUCCCCCCAAACUCCAUAAUUGAUCCGGGGCCAGAUGUUGCAGUGGUCGGUGGGAAUGUAUUGACUUCCCAGCGCGUGGCGGAUGUCAUAUUGAAGGUCUUGGGUGCAUGUGCCGACUCGCAGGGCUGUAUGAAUAACUUAACUUUUGGCGAUAAUCAAUACGGUUAUUACGAGACUAUAGCUGGUGGUGCAGGCGCAGGGCCCUCUUGGCACGGGACAGCCGGCGUACAUACGCACAUGACCAAUACACGUAUAACGGAUCCAGAAGUACUAGAAAACCGCUACCCGGUUAUUCUAAGGCAGUUCUCAUUGAGGAAGGGUUCUGGAGGCUUAGGAAAGUUCAAAGGUGGUGACGGGGUCAUCCGAGAAAUUGAAUUUAGGAAGAAACAAACUGUAUCAAUUCUCAGUGAACGUCGUUCUUUUGCCCCUUCCGGCAUGAAUGGGGGGUGUCCAGGAUCUCGAGGCCUGAAUAUACUCGAAAAAUAUAAUAGGAAACCAGUAAAUGUAGGAGGCAGAGCAACAUUUGAAGUCCACAGUCGAGAUAGACUUGUUAUACACACGCCAGGGGGGGGAGGCUAUGGACUUCAUGAUGGCUAA